AUGGCUUUCUCUAGGACCUCGUCGUCAUGGCUGGCAUCAGUCUUGACUCUGUUUUCCUUCUUUUCUCUUCUUCUCCCCGCCAAUGCCCUUUACUUCUAUAUGGAGGGCCGGCAAACGAAGUGCUUCUUCGAAGACCUGCCCAAGGAUACCCUAGUGGCCGGUCGCUUUGAGACCGAAGUUCUCAAUGCGCAGUCCGGUACUUACGCGAUCGACCACAACAUGCAUGUCCUCAUCACCGUCGAAGAGACCUUCGACAACGACCACCGCGUUGUGUCCAAGCGUGACAGCCACUCUGGCCGCUUCCACUUCUCUGCCGCCGACGCCGGCCAGCACAAAAUCUGCUUCACACCCGAGACUGAUGCUGCCUCCAACUGGUUGAGCACCUCCCGGGGCGCCGUCAAGGUCACCGUCGACCUUGCCAUUGGCGAGACUAGCAAGAUCGAGACCGAGGAUAAGGAUAAGAUGAAGGAUAUUGUCCAGCGUGUCAAGGACUUGAACAGCAGGUUGCACGACAUCCGUCGCGAACAGGUGUACCAGCGGGAGCGCGAAUCCGAAUUCCGUGAUCAGUCCGAGACUACCAACUCCCGUGUUGUGCGCUGGACUGUGAUCCAGCUCGUCGUUCUGUCCGCCGCUUGCGCCUGGCAGCUCUCGCAUCUGCGGUCAUUCUUCAUCAAGCAGAAGUUGACCUAG